AUGGAUUAUCAACUCUAUGUAAAUUCUGUAAAUUCAGAUAUUAUAUUGAAUGACCAAUCGGAAAAUUCGAAAAAUUCUUGGAAUUUGCCAAAUGAAUGUAGCAUGGACAAUCAGAAUGAUGUAUUUGAUUGGACUUCAAUAAAAAUCGAUGAGCAAGACAGGCACUUGAAAAAGAGAAAAUUACCUGCAGAUUUCGAUGACAACAAAAAGAAACAAAUUAUUAUUAAGGAACCGACGACGCACAAUGUAAAGGACGACAUCAAGAAAAAUAUUCAACAGAGAGGAACAGUAAAGAUGCAGCAUUGGCAGGUAGAAGAUUACACCGAUUUGAAUGCAGACAUUGAAAACUCUUUAAACACCAGCGAUCUAGUUGGUAACACUUACACCGUAAAUGGUCAAAUAUUGGGGAUGAACAAUUUAACGGUUUUCAAGCAGGAGGCCCCUUCACCAACGUCGGGCGACGUGGCUAUCUUACAAGUGGCGAAGAAAAACAGGCAAAGCCCGCCCAUUCACCAUGCUAACGUAGCAACAAUCACCAGUACAAUCGACGAUAAUUGCAAUCAAAAUAUGUUCAACAACACCAUUUCUCAAUUGCUAAGCCAAGAAAAUUUAGCCGGAAUUCAUAACGUUAUAGACAACAAUAACCUUUCUUCUCCCAAUUCCCAGGACAGCUAUUCCAUAUCAUCGACUAAUUACAAUUUGAUAGAAGACAGUCGAUUCCAGUACGUCCUAGCCGCCGCCACUAGCAUAGCUACCAAACAAAACGAGGACACUUUAACGUACUUAAACCAGGGCCAGAGUUAUGAAAUUAAGCUCAAGAAGCUCGGCGAUUUGUCUUUCUACAGAGGGAAAUUUCUUAAAUCGUACAUUCGCAUCUGCUUCCACGAAAGACGUCUUCAAUACAUGGAAAAAGAGCAAAUGGUUCUAUGGCAAAGCGCCAGGCCCGGUGAUAGGAUACUCGAGGCUGACAUACCCCUCUCUUACGGGGCUUCAGACAUCACCCAGCCUCCGAACGCGGUCAAUGUAAUUCAUUUCAAUUGGGAUCCUACUAAGGAAGUAGGAGUUUACAUCAAGGUAAAUUGCAUCAGUACGGAGUUUACGGCGAAGAAGCACGGCGGCGAGAAGGGCGUACCGUUUCGCAUUCAAAUCGAAACGUACCAAAACAACGAUAACAUGCACGCCAACAUGAACAAGCGAUUGCACGCCGCCGCCUGCCAGAUCAAGGUGUUCAAGCUGAAAGGGGCCGAUAGGAAGCACAAGCAGGACCGGAUGAAGAUCAUGAAGAGGCCGCCGUCCGAGCAGGAAAAAUACCAGCCGAGCUACGAGUGUACCGUAUUGAACGAUUUGCCCAACGAUACAAUAACGUCUCCACCAUUGUCUCCUAUGAGUAGCAACGACCAGAGCAGCGAAUGUAAUUCUCCAACCCAGAGACCCGUCCCUCAAAGGAACGACCCCGUAGUAACAGAAGUCCCAAAGGACAUCGGCGUCGUCCAAGAAUCAUCAAUUACUCCAUCGCUCGAAAAACCAACAUCGAUAAGCAAUGUCAUCCAACUAUCGCAAAUUUCCACGCCCCAAGAAACCAAGGAUUGGCUCGUCCAGAACCGAUUCGAAAAUUACGUGGACACUUUCGAGAAAUUCUCCGGCGACGACAUGCUAAGAAUGUCCCGGGACGAUCUCAGGCAGAUAUGCGGAAAUGCCGAUGGAAUCCGGCUGCAUAACGCUAUUCAUCUGAAGACGAUAACGCCGAAAUUAAAGCUGUACGUUUGUCAAGAGAAUUCGACGGUGUUCAACGCCGUGUUCCUGUCCUCUUACAGCAGUUUGGAGUUGCUGCAGAAACUGUCGAAGAUGGUCGGGCUGGGCGAGAAUCAGGUGAGGAAUGUUUACUUGGAAGGGCCGCAGUCCAUUCACAUCAAGCUCAACGAGGACGUCUUGAAGCACAUUAAAGAGGAGGCUAUGUUUAGCCUGCAGAUAAUUUCGCAUGAGAAUAGCGGAUACAUUUUGUUAUUGAAACGCACUGUAAUGUGA